AUGAGGGAAGCUGCUCAGGUAGGAUGCGUUGAAAAAAGGUUAAUCGAGCCAGUGCUAAGAUAAGGACCUACUGUUUUGUCAUAUGCAGAGGAACAGGUUGACAAUCUAAUACUACUUAAGAAAGCAUUCCAGAAGAAUAUACGCCUGGACGCAAAGAAGAGGGAGCGUUAAGAAGUUGGGAAAGCGGGAGGAGGAAUAAUUAAGGAAGAAUUGCGAAGGUUGUGCGGACGACCAACAGGGGUGUGGGCUGAAAUCCGGGGAAGAUUUGGAUCAUUAUCGACGCGCAAGAGAAGACAGAAUACAGCCUUCAGCAUCUGAACCCAUUUAAAUUUAAGAUUGCUUAGUUGGCGUCUAUUUGACUAGGAAGUACGUGGAUGUAUCUUACAUAAGAGUUCUCUGGUAAAAUUCCUCUGGACGUUUCUAAUUUGAGAACGACAGGCCUUGACGAUUAAACCAAAGAAUGGGCAAAAAUCUUCAAGAAUGGAGGGGAAAAUGCAUCAAAUAAAGGUUAAAUUAAAUUUCAGGAAGGCAGAAAAAAUAAAAAACAAAGCUACAAAUCUGGAUAGCUUUGGCCUUAAUCAACCGACGAGCUACGUGAAAUUUAGAUUAUUGGUGUAAUUUCAUUGUAAGUCCUUUUUCGCGUAAAAUUCAUUCAGAGGGUGCCUUGAAAAAUCACUGAUUUCGAUAAAUUCUCAGUCCCAAAGCACGUGUGGUGGCAUCUAAAUGGAGAGAAUUCCAUCAGCCACGUUGAACCUUAUACAAAAAUGGGUACUAAAUCAAAAGGGAUUUGAUCCGAGCAAUGCCAGGCCGAAGAUUUGGAGAAAGGUCAUCAGCGUGUGUUAAGGCUGAGCAUGUGUGACUGCCGAUGAAAUAUCAUUUAGGUAAAGCAAAAAAAGAUGGCCAACCAUGAUUCCCUGAACGACACCGCUUAUGACAGGGUUUUCAUUUGAAAAUGAAGACCUCAUAAAUAUAUUUUAUUCCUAUUCGAUAGGUAUGACUUAGUGGAGUCGGUAAGGUGACUGUGGACUCCUGGAGCCCCCGACUUUUUCAACAGUAGUCUGUGUGACACUUGGUCAAAGACUUUGCCAUGGUUGAAAUAAAUAAUGACCACAGAGAGAUGACCAUUAUAAAGAGAAGUGAGCAGAUUCAGAAAAGACAUAUAACACGCUUUAUAAGAACGACCGGACAAAAAGCCAUGUCAAGAAGAGCAGAUGCUUGGUUGUCUUAUCGAAAGUCCAUAAUUUGAUUGUAAUCUUUUGAAGAGUUUAGAUAGGCGAGGACGUUUUCGGAGUCUUCAGUCAUCAAAGUGGCGCGAAGUAAAUCAAAGGAUCCUCGUGACUGUCAGUAUUGUUUUGGAGUUUAAGAUAUGAACGAGUCAAACGCCCAUACGCCGCUGAAGUUAAUAUGCUCCAGCAUCAGCUGUACAGAUUCCUUACCCGAACAGGACAGUACCCUCUCGCACAGCCUUUAGGGUUUAAAAAAUGUUAGUAAACCGUCGAAAACUGUGCAACCACGGUCUAUUAAGAUUGUUAUGGACGUCAAAGAAGAGGCCGAUCUGCCUCCGUCCAGAAAAAACAAUCUUCAAGACUCUCGUAAGGUGUUUUUUUUUCAAUCGGACAGAUCUCUUACGGAACGUCUGAAACGCCGCGAAUUAUCGACGGAAAUGAAGGGCAGACUUGCGUUUGGAUAGAACUACUAGGCUAGUUUCAGGGCGAGUGGUACAGAGGAAAGCAGUGUUGUUCAGGAACCAGCCAGUACUCAUGGUGGCAGUCGCAAGAAAGUGUUGGAAAACUCGAGACAAAUCAAAGUAAGCACUGCCGAAUGUUGCAAACCGCAAUUCUUGUACAUCAAUGUCCAGGGUCAAUUUUUUAAGCCUAAUAAAGUGGGAAUACAGGCUGCUGAUACGUCUCUAUAUGUUAUAACAAUAAGAGGAAGUGGCUAUCACAGAGUUUCGGUUGUGGCGGAAUAGUACCAUUAGAAUAGAACAAAAAAGGUCUAUUGUAGCACUCAUUGGGAGUUGUCAGUCUCCCCAGAACGCCAACUGUUCAGGAGAGACAGAAGAGAAGAGAGGUGAAGAAGUUGUUAUGCAUGCAGAAAGCAACUUAACAGUGUGGGAGAGAAGUGAGGAGGUUUAUGACGAUAAAGAGACAAUUUGGUUGAAAAUAAAAACACUGGGGUCGCAGUCCCUUGAAGUUUUCACUAUAUACCGACUACUAAGGACGGAUCUCAACGCAGGUAUAUGUCUGCUGGAACCCAUAACAUGGUCGAAAGUCGACCGGAUGCUGAUCUCACGGGGCUUCAAUGCACCCGGCAUUCGCUGAAGUGAUAUGCGUGCCAAGCGCUCAAAGUAUACAAUCGAUAACUUUCUCCUAAAGACAACACUUAAAGAUCUUCUCGGACAGCAUGCUCCGCUUUCAACUAGGGCACGUGGGGGAUAGCAGAACAGUUGUUAGGAUCUUGUCUUCACCGAAGAUCCUGACAGUAUGAAUGAGGUAUACUGCCUGCCUCCGCUAGGUCAAAGUGACCAUACAGUGCCUUUAUGAGAGUACGGACUUUAUUCUGCACCACAUGCAAUAAAAGAAACAAGCCUAAAUAUUUGGCAAGGGGAAUUUUGCGAAGUGAAAGCUGAAACAUCACAGGCAGACAAUGAUGCGUUAUUCUUCAGGAAAGCCAUUUAAGACUGGAAUUUAUUUAAGGGUCGGUUGUUGCAUCUGAUAAAGAACCCCUAUACGUUAUCAAAGCCUGGGAUAUUCAACUGAUCUCAGUGACUAACGCGAGAUCUCAAAGUGGAAACCAAUAAGAGGAGAAGGCCGUGAAAGGAGUUCCGCAAAAUCAGCAAAAAUACAGACUGUACAGAGUAACAGUCCAAAGGAACAGGGUAAAGGGCUUGAUUUUCGGAAGAGCAUGAAAUUUCGAGAGUAACUUGUUCCACCAAGCCUUUAAAAAUUGAAAAUUUCCCUACAGCUAAUUGCAAAGGACACGCGUGACAGGAAUCCGAUUCCUGUCCUGAGGAGUGAGGAGUGUCCCGAGAUAUCUGGUGAUACAAACACAUCUGAGCACUUUUCAGAGUUCUCCCACCCUGCUUUGCCUGGUUACGAGAGUAUGGGAAAGCUAUCUAGGGAAAGUAAUUUUAGGAAUAUAGAACAGCUUUUAGUGAUGUAAAUCUCUCGGAGCGGGCGAGAUUCCGACAAAGCUGCUCUUUGAACUUGGCCGAGAGCUAGCAAAAGCGUUUUUCGGUGCUAGUAAUCGUUCGAUACUGGAUCCGUACUCAUAGACAGGAAAACAGUCCGUAUUACACUGCUUCUCAAGAGCAGUAGACGUGCACUUGCACCCGACUACAGAGCUGUUAGUCUAAUAUCAAUCAGCUGCAAAGUCAUGGAGAAGACUAUCCAAAAGGAUUUGAAGAAAUAUUUGGAAAUCCACACCUUUUGUCCAAUGUAAAAAACGGUUUUCGAGGAGGAAGUAUGUGGUUAAGGGAUUUGUAUAUACAGCGCAAGCCUGGACAGAUGCCUUUGAUGCGAAACACACUAUGUGUGUGGUUUUCAUUGAUUUCCGGAAGAAGUUCGACAGUGUAGCGCAUCAGCGUCUCGUUUACAAGCUGAAAAUAAUGGGCACCGGAGGAACACCUCUUAAAUAAGUAAUUCGUUUUAUUUAGUAUCUUUAUGAGUAUUUUCAUAAUGAGUAAAAUAGAUUUCUUCGAGUGAAAUUUAAACAAGUAGGCAGACACUGCACAGUGCUCAGUUCUUGCUCAUAAUAAAGGCAUUUCGAUGAGAAAAAUGGUUGGCGAGCAAUGAGAAAAGUCCUUCAUUUUUUCGAAAAAGGCAAAAAUGAAAUGAAUCAACAAGAUGGAUUGAAAAUUCCUUCGUCAGGCUUUCCCAAGUUGUCUGUGUACAGCGACAGCAAACAAGGCACACGCUGGCCUCCGUGCUCGGAGAGACCCACCUUCUCUUGUUCAUUGAUAGUUGCAUGCAGGAAUUGGACUGUGAUUAUGCGAAGUUUGCGGAUGAUAUAAAAAUCUGGAAAGCCAUCCACGACGCUCCCGACGAAACCAACUUCCAAGAAAAUCUACGUCGAUUACACCAAUGGUCAUACAAGUGGCUGCUGUCCUUCAACUCAAUAAAUGAGCCAUACUGCGUUUCCGAAAUCGAAAUCAGAUCUAUAAUACGUAGCAGUACUAUCUGAGCGCAAUGUCACUCCGAGAGGCAGAAACGCAGAAAGAUCUCGCAAAUUGAGUUGCAGACACUCUAAAACCUUUUGCUUAAUUUUAUGUGGCAGUCAAGGCCACAACUUCAAUGCUGUACGCCACGAAACAGGCGUUCACAGUUUUCAAUGAAGAAUGCUUCUCCAAAUUGUUUGGCAAGUUUGUAAGGCCGCAUUUUGCGUAUCCCAUUUAGACCUGCAGACCCUGGAAGCAGCAAGAUUGCAAUCCACUCGAAAAGAUGCAAAGGUAAGACACAAAAUAACUUAGAGCUCAGAGUACACUGCCAUACGAGACCCACCCGAAUAAUCUUAAUCUCUAUCCUCUGAGUUAUAGGCAGUUGGUUGGAUACUUGAUAAAAACUUUCCUUAUCGGCGUUGCUUGAAUCGUGCCCUUCUGUGUGACGACUUUUUACAAUUCGUCACUAAAAAUAACGUCCGGGGCACCCCUUCAAACUAAGUGCGUCCCAAUAAAGAUUGGAUAUGAUAAAGUACUUUUCCUUAAUCAUGUCGUGGAGCCGUGGAAUAGCCUGCCGGACGCAAUCGUAAUGCUCCAAUCUGAGGAGACAUUUAAGUAUCGGCUUGACAAACAUAUUGUAGCAAAAAAAGGGACCAUGUGGCUCUGUAACCAUUCAAAACCAACGAGCCAUAUGAAUCGAAGUCUAUAUCUACUUGAUACUGUAAUUUGCUUCCCUUGUUGCCAAUUCUCUCGAUCUUAUGCGACAGAUAGGGAGUUCAAAGGCAUGGACCUAUUCCCCUCAAAUAUACUGAACACCGAACUGAAGUGAAUGUUUCUUUUCUCUACGUGCACUGCGUCUGAACUUAAGACGACACUUUUUUCAGACAGAAGAUGAAGCCAAAACAAUGAAUUUACUUUAUUCGGAACUAAUAUACUCUCCUUCGAAUAAAAUGAAAUUGUGCUAUUCGAACACGUUAUUGGAGAUGUCAUUGGAUUAUCUAUUCUGCCUUGCGAAAUUGUCGACAGCUGACUAUGCCAAGUUCCCACUAGGUCUAAAAACUUCUCGAGUUCCCUUGGAUGUCCAACUUCUCACUCAAGAGAUAUGUGAGGAAUUGUCGUUUUCGGCGAGGCCACACCGAGUGCAUCCAUAGACAUAUGGCUACCAAUGACGCAUCAUAAACCCCAUACUGAGAUUGAGUGAACAGCAUUUUACAGUCAUCUGCCAAGAUGCUCUCUUGGGCUAGAGUAUGAUAUGGACCAGCCUCUAACAAUUUUGGGAAUCAGCCGAGUUACGUGGUAGUAGUCCCCUUCCGCUGCCGGGGCAACUUGUUGCGCAUCGCACACCAUUUGUCAAAUUAUCGAGUUCUGCUGAGCGCUCUGAUGCCCGCUUCACAAACAGCUGAAACACCGUAUACUUUCGCCCCAGCACUUCUGCAUUUGUUUACGAACACAACAUGUAGUAGACAGCAUGGUCUGUAUUCAAGAUCUAGGCAGCUGGGAUCCCCACCAUGGAAAAUUAUUAGGAGGAAGGACAUUAUGUGAGUCGCACACUGGUUGACUUUCAUUUUAUUAUAGCAACCAGCUUUUUGGCCUGUCAUAGGCCGAUUUUACGUGACUCUUCAGCGACGCGCUGUUUUCGAGUCGGUCGCCUGGCUCUUUUUUAAACAACGCCCGGUGCUAGUCCACGUUAUGCGGUCGACUUCUUCCGCGAAGGAUAUUUACUAGCCUUAUUUAUGGAAUUAUUUAACUUUCAAAAUUAAAAAGACUUAUAAAUGCUGCGUUGGUCACUAGAGUACUACAGGUUGAAGGCCAGGGAGCAACUAGUUUAUCAUAUGCGACUGAUUUCAAUGUUCAUCGCCUACCUAUGGAGCCUCUGUUCUUACACCUUUCGAAAGCAUACGAAAACGGUACUCCUGUCUAUUCAAGCUAGCUGUAGGUUUUGCAACAUCAAAGUGUCCGUUACACCGUGGUUCCUCUAUCUCCCAUUUCGAAACUACAGUUGUGUGAGUUUAUUUUUGCCGUCUUUUUAAAAGCAUACCUUUGCCUAGACCUGCUUUUUACUAGUGGAUAUGUCUGGCAUGGUUAAACAGUUAGAACAUCGACACGACUUAUUUCGAAAUCGACUUUUCUACCAGAAAGCUCUUAAGAUUGUCAUGCUUCCUUAAUUUAACGAAACUUAAACUCAUACCGCUUUCUCCACACUGUUUCACCUGGUGCUGUUAAUUACUACCAUAGAACAACGAAAACCUUGGUGAUUGUGUAAGGGUGGUGGUUACUUAUCUGGUGAUGUCGGAUCUAUCUAACUCUUAGGUCAUCCGCACGCGUUUGGCGUGCAAUUCGAAAUCCUCGUCCUUCGGAAUCUGGUGAAGCGGUCAUGACGACCCGAAAUAGGUUUUGCCUUCAGUUGCCAACCAAAUGAUUUUAGCGUCAAAGUUGUUGCGUUUUCCACUUUCUAGUGUGUUUAUUGCCAUCUUCUUGACUUGCCUCUCAAUGAACUAUUUUCCUUUACAGGUUUGCGCCGCCGCAAGAUCAUGGUCAUAGACCUGGAUGAAACACUCAUUCAUUCCGUCCUCGAUGGGAUGGUGCGCACAACUGUAAGGCCCGGAACGCCGCCUGAUUUUGUGCUCAAAGUCGACAUAGAUCAUCACCCAGUGCGUUUUUCUGUUCACAAGCGCCCCCAUGUGGAUUACUUCUUAGACAUUGUAAGUCAGGCAGCUUACUCAUAUCUUUCUGCAUAAAGUUGCUUUGCUCACAGCUUCGCCUAAGUACGGGGAUUCUUGAACUUCGUCAUUUGACUUGCUCAGAACAUUAUGAAGUGCGUUUAUGUGCAUGUUUUAUAUUUGAACUGUUGACAUCUUUCAGUCAGCUCUUCGCGGCACGAAUGAUCUUGUUUAGUUCCAGCUGACUAAUGUUGCACUCCAGAGAAAAGUUGAGCCAGUUAGCACAACAUCCGUAAAAGUCGUAGACGGCGCUUGAGCCCAGUUUUUUAGUUCCCAGUCGGACGGAGGCCACACGUGCUGAGUGAUUCGAUUGUCGGUUUCGUCUUUACCUUGCCCGUUUUUGGGGCUUGAUUCAAGAACUGUUUAGUAGCUUAUGGACUUCAUCGUCUACCAUAGCUGGGCAGUUACGUCCCACUACGACUACGCAUGAGCUAAGCCUUAGCCUGAUCACUCGUGUACCCAAGUGCACGUAUGUGGAUUUGUCGGAGUUAUGGAUGCUGUGACUGUCUGGAUACGCGCACUUGCCAGCUUUGGCAUUGUUCAUAACGGGUUGUCGGACUGUCAAGCCUGCCUGUCUGAUAAUUCGACACGUCUGGAAUGCGGCGACGGAGCUUUGAAGCUGAGGCGUCCGCAGUGGGGAUGAGUGAUCUUGCGGCAGUGUGCGCGUGUUCGGGCGCUGAAACAAAGCGGCUGUACAUUCCUUGUGUCUCCGCGCCCUGGUUGUCCUGCCGCCUCUGGUCUAAGACUGCAUGUUCGUCAGACUAGGGAGCUAGCCCGUUCUGCUUAUGGCUUUUUCGCUGUCUGCCACCUCCGGACGCACCAGACAGCCCACGGCUAAACUAAAAGUCGAAUCGUUUUUUCAAAACUGGGUUCCUCCCGCCCCGUAGCCCAUGAUGAAAAGAGGUUGACGAGUUAGCUGCACCACGCGAGACAAUGAGGCCGGUUUCCGCUCCAAGGUUGUCAGGUUUCUCAAAAGUUUUCUCCGGAAACAUGCUCCUAUUUUCCCUGAUGAGGCUUUAGUCGUAUGCUUUCCGAUCCCGCCUUAUACGGAGCCUUCACAUAUAGAUCAACAAGGCUGUUCUUAGGACAGCGAUCAUGCAUCAGCAGCCAAACUAAGGUUUGUCAGGACGUCUACAUCCUGCAAAGUUAUUGUCUUAUUUGCUUUGUUCAGGGAGCCGUGAUGCGGACCGCGUAUGCGACAAAAAUGAUUUCAGGUCAACUACCACUGAACUAUGCUGGGUAAAUGAGAAUUCGAGACCGAGGCUGCCCAAAUUUUGCUCACCAUAUUUUACCUAGUGUGUAAGUUACUUCCUGGUCAGUUGUCCUCGCAGCUGACACCAUCUCACUCCCCCCCUCCUCUCCGUGACAGACGUCCACAUAGACUUCGACCACCCGUAGUAACGGUUUCUUGCCGGGCAGAAACAGCUGCACUCCAACCCCUGGCUGCUGUGAUGAAAUACACUAUAACACCUCCCGACAGAACACUCCAAUCAUCACCCAACCACCAGCAUGAUUUGACUAAGGUGGUCGUUGAUUAUGACGAAUAAAUUACUGCCUCCCCCCCCCUACCUCACUCCCGCACUAUCACUGUAGUGAGCUGCAUAAAAUUCUUCGACUUCACUUUAUCCUUGUACUCCGUGUGGGAGCGUCAUGUUAAGAGUUUAUAUCUUCGCCUCCAAUCCAUUGCAAAAUUCUCCGUGUGCGGAGGGAGGGGACUUAAGUUCCCAACUUCUAGUAAUCGUGACGUCUGACUUGUCCUUCUGCUUUCAAAAAAGAAAAUACCCUUUUUUGCAAUAUUUAGCUCACUGAGGCCCUACUUCAAGGUCAUAAGCCUGACGGAUCCUCAGAUGGGUCUCUAUGGCAACAUUUCAACUGCACCAUUGUUAAAAAGUAAUAAGGGCAUUUCGGCCGGUGUCCGCCCGCCGCUUCACUGAAUUCUCUCCCCUACCGCCUAGCGAAAAAAUCGAUACUAGACGCAGGGGACUCUUCAUUGAGAACCAAUCUUAGAGCGGCUGGUCACAGCUGCUUCCGUUCUGUUAAUUUACUGUUAACCUGUUUUCACUCCAAUCUCACACACCUAGAUAAGCCAGUGGUACGAACUGGUUGUCUUUACUGCCAGCCUGGAGAUCUACGGGGCGGGCGUAGCGGACCACCUUGACAACGGACGCCACAUCCUCCAGCGCCGCUACUACCGGCAGCAUUGCAUCUACGAGAGCGGCAGUUAUUCCAAAAACCUCUCCCUCAUCUCCCCAGAUCUAUCCUCUAUUUUUAUUCUCGACAAUUCGCCAGGUGCCUACAGGUCUUACCCAGGUAAGCAUCCAUUUUUAGCCGUCUUUCCGCCACAAGCGACAGCAUUCUUUUUUAUAAUGACAUCUAUUUGGCAAGGAACACUGGAAUGCUAACUUCUGCCUUAUUUGCUAUCGCCAGCCGCUUCAAGUGAGGCCACUUGACAUGUCGUCCACAAGCAUUUAGGUAGUACAGUUCGACUGUCUUUGCCGACGAUGUCCACCGUGUGCCCCGCAGCGGGGACCGUGACUUAGUGUUUUAGUGUUUUUAGUGAUUUAGUGUAGAGUGAUCAACGCUCAGAUCUUGCCAAUAGAAGCUCAGAUCUUGAUUACGUCGACAUCACCUUGCUCUUAAGGUACUUGGAUCAAACGCAAUCACCGUGACCGCAAGACAAAUUUAGGGCUGCUGGUGAUGGGUAUGGAUGCAAUGUCUGACGAAGCUGAAGCCGCGCCUACGCAUAUCACAUGCGUACUUUCUAUUAAACGCACAGUAAUCAGUCCUUAACGCGGUGGGGGACGAGGGGUCUCGGAAUUCGCAUCGAGUGAGAGUGUUAUUUAGGUCAUAUUAAGGAGCCACUGCGACCUGAUCCCCAGUUUUCGGUAGAAAAGAGUUAGCCCGUCAGUUGGCUACCCUCCAAACCCCGACUCCCAUAACGGGCCGCCCCCUCACACUACUUGGAGUUGGGGCUGCUCACAGACCGGAGGCGACUAUCAGGUGCCACCAAUGGAGACCGAAGGACCCUCUGCUAAGACAGGAGACGUUUGGAAUUGUUUACCAGGUCUAGUACAGUUGCGGAUAAAGCAACUACUUCGGAGGAACUGGGAGAUUACCCCGGACGCGAAUGCCCGAACAUGCAGCAGUAGUUUGGAGGAGCGAAACUAACUCUCAGGUCGUAGUUCAUUCGGCAUGACUCGGCCACACCUUCGAGUUUAACGAGACCGCAGUUCUCACAAGACGUGAUUACCGCGUGAGCCAUGGUUUCUGGCCUGCAGUCAAUUGACAAUCGCAAUGAUCGCCCGCCUUUGCAUUCUGAGCUGAGACUUUGCGUAGGCAAGGCGGUGAGGCACGCUAGGAGAACGCGGGAGACCAACAGUUCCGGUGGCAGUAAGCCAGAUUGCCGAGUAAUUGUUACCCCACAAAUCAACAACGGUGAUGGAACCGUGACGGUUAACGACCUAGAUGCCGACUAGCCAGCCACAGUCGCUUGAAAUACGACCCCAAAUGAUAAAGGCAAGUGCCACUAAUUACCUCCUCGUGGCUAAUCUCUUCCUUCUCAUCUGACUGAAGUAACUAACCUGUGGACAUUAAUCGUAUGCAUCAAAAGAUAGGCUGGUAUGCACAAUUACUUCAGGAUCGCCAAUGCAGAAUGUACACCGGCCUAUCCUCAGACAUAUACAAUUAGUGGCAAUUGUCUAUCUACGCUAGUCAAAUGAGAAAAAAACAAAUUAGCCGUAAGGGUACAACUUGACUUUAAUUGUUUAUUAGAGUUUAUAGGCGUUUUUAGUUCACUAAAACAAAACGCCUUCCUACCACUGCAGCCAUUUCAUUUCGCGUCCGAUUAGUCUUUAGUCUAAACUGGUCCGAAGUUGUUACCACCAAGGUGUUGACGCGAACCGAGGUUGUCUUACGUAUCACUUUUCAGCCGCUAGUUAAUUCACUGGCUUCAUUAUUAACAACUGCUCUCACAAAAAGGUAUUUUAGGAGCUUGCAGUCUCACAGCACUCAGAGUUUCGGCAGGAUUUAAGUCUAUAUUGGGGUACUCCCAUCUCACAUUACUUUUGAUACUUGCAAUUGUGCCAACCGGUAUGGAUCCAUAGUGGCAUAUCGGAGUUGAAAUCUCAACUCCAGUCGGUAUUUAUUGGACCCACUCGGGAACAGCACAGGCGAGCCCAAGAUCAGCGACUGCUUAAAAACAAACGCAUAGUUAAAAGGACGCGGCUAUAUUGCCUCUCAUGGCCUAUCAACCACACACCCCCUCGUCCAAAAGCUGGGUCACGUCGCCUGACCUUGGGACGCGCGUUAGAUGGGAGUUGAAUUGGCAUUUUCUGCAUCACAGAAGACAGACGGGAGCGGUUGAGAGUAGUUUUACUGUGUCAGUCACUGCAGAUACGUGAACUUCCUAAUCCCCCUCCGUCCAGGGCGCGCAAACGUCGUUUUCAAACUGGCGUGUCCUGAUCAGCCGGCCUCUAAAAAAAACCCCAGACGUUAGGCCCCUCGUCGACGGUUUGCAUACGACUGCGGACACGUUGAUUGACUGACUGGCCCGCGCGCUCUACGCCGUGAUGCUUUCCUUCCACGCGUUAAGUUCCAGCUGGCCUCGACGGCCUGGCUGUUUAUAGGGUUGUCGGUGGUCUAGACCGCCAGCUCCGUCGGCUCUCGUUAUCCAUAGUUUGCUCUCAAGGCCAUCAAGUCCCUCCCUACUCGCCGCCACUUCGUGCUCGUGUACCGGUGAAUCCAGCCUUCUUUCACCUGGUAGGGCAACUGCAGUAUGAUCUGUGAUAAAUAAUGCCCACCUGUGUUUGCUUAGCUGUCGAUCUGCAUGAUCCCUGCGCACGUUGACCUCGGGACGAUACCGACCUCGGACUCUGGCAAUGCGUUUUGUGAUCUCGGAGACAUUUCGGACUUGUGAUAGGCAGUGUUGAGGCAUUUAUUGGUCUCUUUGCUUUGUCCCCCGCGGCGAGUGCAGAAGCAACGGUUUGCCAAUGUUGUGCAAACUGAUCGCGUGGGUACUGGACUUGCUGUUGUCUUUUGGCCAGGUCACUGCAGUUUGUUUUGGCCCCUUUUGGCAGGAGUCCUAACGACUCCACCUGUGUACUGUGAUGGCUCUGAAUCUGUUGUCUGUUUGGUGCCGAGUCCUCUCAUGACAGGGAAGUUGUUGUGACCAAGCGGUGUGAGUGUGUCCCCGUCUGUGCGCUACCAUCUUGGGGUCAGGUCCCAAGUUGUAGGGAGACUGAGGGAUUUAUUGUGCACAGAACCCGGAGUUGUCCUCUCAGGCGGCAGUGGCCACUGGCAAAGCCAGGGCUGGUGUUGACUGUGUCCAGUCAUGCCUGAGAGUCUCUGAGAUAGUGGUGGCAGCCGCUUUUGUAGGCUCGUGGGCCAAGCUCAAGUGGUGGCCAGUCAGUGUGUGUGUUGCAUUUGCCGAGGGGUGGUGUCCCAGUGGCUUGGGUUGUGGUCGCAGAGAGGCAGGUGCGUUCCAGUGGCCGCAUGGGAAGCUGAGGCUGUGCGGACGCAGGUGUGCCCGAGAGCAGUCGGUCGCGUGACUUCAGGUCGGCGCAUCUGGAACGGCAGCGAGGUCUUGAACAAUGGUGCCAGACCGGUCAUGAUGGCUGGCCGCCAAAAAGUCACGGAUGGGCAGCUGAAAUUACCUCUUGUUUCCUCCUUUUCGAGCCGAUUUGGCAAUAGUCCCACCGUCGCCGACGAUGAGGUCUACCGCUGGCCCACGGAGUGCGCGUGAAAUUGUUCGCGGUGAAGCAGACUUCUUCUGCAUCUACCUGACCGUGCUCUGGGUGGCAAAACGGGCGACGGUGGGUGGGUGCGCAGGGGGUAGAUUGUCCCACGUGCACUUUAUUUGAAUGCUGUGUGGCACGCUGUCGAUGGUUGCUGUGCAUGCGCUUGUGACCGAGUAGGGUCACAAGCGUGACCUAAGUGAGCUUGUUCAGGUAAGGCGAAGUGUUGUGAUGGGGUCGAGACUAUGUUGCCUUACUGGAGAUUUUCAUGUAUGCGCGUACGCUAGAGUAGUCCUAUGCCGUGUCAGAAUGCCCUGAGACAGUGUGGGUGUGGGGCGUGUUUGUUUUUAGGCACUUAUUCGCCGAAUGUGCGACGAGGACGAACUUCAGCGGAGUCCCCAUUGCUGGUGGGAGGACCGAUAGCGGUGCUGAUAGACUGGCCGGCAGUAGAAGUGUUCUCAAUGGGGAGCCAGGCUGAAACGGCUCCUUCUCAACGUGACCUUCGAUUCUUUCACGCAUGUGAGAGUUACGCCGCUCAACCCUCGUUGGGUGAAAUCCUGGUGCUUGUGUUUGGGGGGGGGGGGGCAGGUCGUGCAUUCGGCGCGCGCAGACAAGAUCACUAGACUAUGCCAGCCACCGCACCCAUUUCCUUCACCAGUCAAUUGACCGGCUGGGACCUGGAAAUGGGAAGGGAGAGUAAGGUCGACGACUCAGCGCACUUUCCUCCUCACUAUAUAAACAAUCUGACGCGUUUGAAGCUAUCACGAUGCGGUAAAAGCCGUGGCUUGGAAGGUUGCCAGCUGACGGGAUAAUUUGGACAAAAGUGCGCAUUAUUUUGUUGAUUUGGUAGAAAAUUACACUUUCACAUUUUAUAAUUGAAGGAAGGGUAUAGUUCAGUUUUAAAAAAGUUUCUGAUUAAGAGAUUUUUUUAAGACCGUGACCGUUUUAAGCCCGUUCAUAAAACAUCGUGUCUCUUCAUUUACCACUGUGGCUUGUAAAAUCAACAAUAAGGCUCAAAUUCACUGCUAAAUUUUAUGAACCCCCAUAUGAUCUUAUGUUAAUACCGUAGAGAAAUGUAUGGUUUUCCUUACGCGGAAAAUAUACGGCUCGUAGAUUUGAAACCCUGAAUGCAGGUGUAACGGCAAUUCGUGUUCGGAAUUAUUUGGGAAUUGGGAAUUUUUUUAAAACCGAAUUAUGCCCUUCUUUCAAACACGAAUGUUGAAGAAGACGUGAUUUUCUUCCAAAUGAGUAAAACAAUGGGUAUUUUUACGCGCGUUUUCUAUGAGAUAUAUCUGAAUUUAUAAGGACAUCUAAAAUCAAGGGGAAAAUUCCAUACUAAUUCAGUAGUCACUUUUGCAGAGUGUAGUUUUUGCAGGCGAUCGGUAUGGAGUUCGUUCUAAGGCCGGCAUCUCGAAGUAACUGUGCCCGUAAGGCACAACGGAACGAGUGGGUUCCGUAAGAACUAUCGGUGAGCGCUCCCUACCAUUGUAUAUUUCCGAUCGAAACCGACAGGACAACGGGCUCCUGGCCCAGUGGUUAGAGGCGUGGACUUCUAACUAACAGGUUGCGAGUUCGAGCCUUGGGUGUUCCACACUUUGGAGUUGGGUAUGACUGGCUGACGACGGCUAAUAAGCCAGAAACGGCCAUUUCAGUCUCGCUCGUCUUUGUCGGUAAUACCAUUCUGCCUAUAUCAUGCGCCGCCUUGCGGCUGCUGGUUGGGCUCGAGAGAGAGAGCCCGUAAGGCACAACGGGAAUGUUAGGUUAACCACGUGUUACAACUGUUCACAAAGAUCUGGUUUCACUCGUCGUAUAUAGGCCACCUCCAGGUAACGCAAUGUCCGAGUUGUUCGUGCCCGAACAAGUACUCAGAAGGAAGUUUUGGGGUCGAUGGAGUGACCACUAUCAAGCAGCUGUUUCGUAAUGGAAGAACGCGGGGUUUUCUUUUCUUGUCUUAAGAGCCAUCUAGGCAGGUGCUCAAUAGACCUGGCUGCCAAACGCCUUUGCGUGCGCCCAAUGUACUUGCAUCCGCAAGUGCAUGUGAGUUCAUAAACACAAUUUGAAGUGGCGUGCAUUGGAAGGGCAUCCUUUGCCCGUGGAAUCGGAAGUGGCUUAUUAGGACUGCAUAAUACUAGUUCGGCUGCAUUGUAUGUCCUUUCAAUGGCGGAACGUAGCCGUCGUUUGAUAGUACUUUUGGUACCAAUUAAUCCUGCCUUUUUUGCCUACUUCAGCUUCUUACCGGGGACAAAAUGCUUCAAAUUUUUAACACCUACUCAAGUAAUCUUUUUGACCCGAAAACUUAUCUCGGAAUUUCGGUUUACAUUUUACUUUUCGGUUUACCAGGAGUUUGGCGCUUUCCCUCGCUUUGGCGUUUGCCCUUGUCUUCAAAUCCCCUGUGUACCAGUGAAGUACACUUUCUCAUAAGUUGUACGUCGGCGUACUUGUAAAUGUCGGCCUCUGUGUCCCGUGAGUCGUGUGGGAUAGCAGUUACUCAGCCCUUACUAUCUUCGACAUCGAAGUCGGACGAUCAAUGUUGUCAUUGAUGUCCACUUGGGGAAGUUGGUUGACGGUUUCCUCGCAGAUUGCACUUCCAGACCGUCGUUCCAGUAUCAGCGCCUUCUGACAGUCCUCUCACGGUUAAAAGCUUUCCAAAUGUCAUCAGUAAUAACCUGUUGGUGGAAGGUCAGGCAAAUAGGCCAGAUGAGCUGAUAUGCACGUUUCAGUUGCCCCAAAUUCUGGAUUAUAAUUUUUACUCAGGAUGAUGCAUCGAGACUUCAGCUGCCGACACCUACAGUUUGUGCCACUUCCCUAAGAAUAUCUGAUGCGUAUCCUUGUGCUCAUUGCAAUUUUUCCUAGCUGUUGAUGCCCAAAGCGAUGGCGUUGGCAUGUGUUUUAUACCGCCGCAUGGGUUGCUUUUUGCACUUUGCCUAGUUUUACUACGCGAGAGCUAAUUCUACGUGGAAAUCCAUCAAGUUUGUUGUGAUUAAAGAGUUGACAACUCAGUUUAGUUGCUUUUAUUCAGUUCAAAAUGUGCUCACCUCGCCCCAUCCCAUCUCUUCUAAUAAACGCAUAAGUGCAAAAAAUGCAAGACGGUGAUUACUAAGCUUUGUGGUGGGCCAACGCGGUCUUAUAGGCUUCUUACUGGACCAAUGCCCUGGAUGAUUGGCUAGUAAUUUCGUAAACAACAAUUCGAACGCUCGGGGUAAUAUCAGAGCCUUUAGUGUUACUAACAUUGUAUAAGUAGUAAUUAUAGUGUAAAUAUGUUUUGCGAACCAGCGAAUAACAACUUGUAUUCACAUCAAUAGUAGUGAAAAUGCGAUUCCUAGGUGGCCUAUCAAUAGAAGAAGAGGCGUUCACCGGGAUGUGUGUAUUGGGGGUCCGACGUUUCGAGUAGUUGAUUCGUCUACCCAUCUUCAGAGACUGGAAAGUCCUGCGCACAGCUCCCCUUAUAAGGUGCACUUUGUUCAAUGCGUGACCCGCCAAUGCUGCCUGUGUGGCUGCAUCCAACCCGCAUGUCACCGUGACCUGAAUCGCUCCCGUCGGCCGCGGGGGAGGCGAAUUGAUGUGGCGGUCGACAGAGCAGUCGGUGAACAUACAGGCUUUUUGGGCUCGCCUUGCUGUGUGGUCACCGCCCCGGCCCACAAUCUCAACGGCGUCAAAGUUGAAGAUAUGUCCCUUGUGCGCGAAAUGGGUUGCUACCUCUGACUUUGGAUCCAACCCUCGCACAACCAACUUAUGCACGAGCAUUCGCGUUUGCAGCCGUCGGCCGGUUUCCCUAACGUAGUUGCACCUUCCGCAGCUGCCUUGAAGUCGGUAGACAACGGCCAACAUCUGCUUAGGGCUCGGAUCUUUUGGCGCAUCACUUGUCGGCGGAUUGUUGAGUCAGGCCUGUGGGCAACACCUAUUCCGAGUGGCGUGAGGGAUCUAGCCACGAGCAUAAGUUGGCCUUGCGAAGGUUGGACCCAAAGUCGGAGGUAGCAAUCCAUGCCGCACAAAUGGGACACAUCUUCAACUCUGACGCCGUUGAGAUUGUGGGCCGGGGCGGUGUUCAUACAGCAAGGCAAGUCCAUGAAGCCUGUAUGUCCACCGACUGCUUUGUCAACUGCCAUAUCAAUUUGCCUCCCCCUGUCUGACUUUACGAACCUUUUUAACGGGGGACAGUCACGGCGCGGGACAAUCGGGGCCGUCAGCCAUCUCCGCGGCCGACGGGGGCGAUUAAGGUCACGGUGACAUGCGGGUUAGAUGCAGCCACACAGACGGCAUUGGCGGGUCACGCAUUGAACAAAGUGCAUCUUAUAAGGGGAGCUGUGCGCAGGACUUUCCAGUCUCUGAAGAUGGGUAGACGAAUCAACUACUUGAAACGUCGGACCUCCAAUAAACCACUCCUGGUGAACGCCUCUUCCUCUUUUGAUCAACUUGCAUUCAUUUGAGACACCAACAUGCAUCACACUCAUCUGGGACUUAACGAACUGUCACGGAAAUGGCUGUUGGUUCUAUUUAUCCAAAGCAACGCACCGUUAAGGUGCAGCUAUACUUUCCUGCAGAUUAGAGCGGUGGCCAAAAUGAAUUUUGGGCUGUCCAUAUCCUUCUGCAGCUUAGCACUUACUGGCCUAUCUACAUCCCUCUGGAGGUAGGACCUCUAAUAGUAGUCGGUGUACGACCCAAUUGUUGUCCUCUUAACCUCCCAUCCAUCUCGUGACUGUCCGUCUACUACUAGAUAACGCCAUCCCGAUUCGGUCCUGGUUCUCCGACUCCAGCGAUACGGCCCUGCUCUGUCUCCUGCCGGUGCUGGAUGCCCUUCGUUUCGUCACGGACGUGCGCUCCAUCCUCAGUCGGAAUCUGCACCGAGAUCCAAUGGCAAUAGGCUAG